UGGCGUCAGACGAGUGCGGGUUGAUGGACAGCGGCGUUCCUGUUCCGGAGAUCGUCAAAACAACGUUGACAACACGGGCGGCGCUUACGUUAACGCGGUGCGCGUACGCACGACGCGUCCGAUAAGAGUGCUAUAUAAUGGACGCGACUUAAGCGCAAAUAUAUGCGGUGGACGGCCCACAGACGUACGGAAGACAGCAUCACAACAGAUCUGUUCAUCCCGAUGGGUCUCUCACUGUCAACAUGGUUCCAUAACAGGACGAAGAAGCAUUCAUCUUCCUUCUCUUCUGUUUUCUCUUCUCUGGCCAUCCCGACGUCGUCUCGCCUCAAGAUCAUUCUGAACUCCUCCCCAGUUCCUCCAAGAGACAGUCGCUCACGUUGGAGCUCGCUCCAUUGCUCUCCUCAUUUCCUGCUGUCUGCCGACAGGGAAGAAGCGACGCGUUUACCCGUGGAGUUGAGUAGCGACGGGGUGAGGGCAGAUACAGGGGUCAAAGACGGGCUUCACGUGUGGGAGGUGAUGUGGAAUGCCAACCAUAGAGGAAGCCAUGCCGUUUUAGGCAUCUCCAGGCAGAGCUGUCCUCUGCAGGCUUCGGGCUAUAAUGUUCUGGUGGGGGCAGACUCCCAGUCGUGGGGCUGGGAACUCCAAAGCAAUCAGCUCUGGCAUGACAGACGAAGUCGUGGAGCGUACCCACAAAAGAGGAGAAUGUGUUGCACUAAAAGUAUUCCGCCAUGGUCUUCCCAACUUAGCCCAUCAGGCCUGGAAGUGCCAGAUACACCUUUUCCCAUUCCUGAACGCAUCCUCAUGGUCUUGGAUGCAGACGCAGGGACUCUUGGAUUUGUCGUUGAUGGUCACUUCCUCGGUGUUGCGUUCAAAGACCUCCCCUGUGGUGUGGCGCUAUUCCCAGCCGUGAGCAGCGUGAGAGGAGGAGCCUGCAUACGACUCCGAUACCUGAACGGAGCCACUCGCAACCCCCCGGGCUUGAUGGCUUUGUGUGGACUCGUCAUUCAACAUCAUUUGGGCCGAAAGAGGCAAAAUCAAGUGGACAAGCUUCCUCUUCCACCUGUUCUUCAGCGCUACGUUCUUUCUAGUCACUAGUUUACUGCCAGACAACCUUGAAAUAAGUGAAAUCUGUGAUAUAGAAAUAUCACUCACAUUUUUUAAAGUUGGCUUAAACUUGUUUUGAUCUGGUACAGGACAUUUGUUGAGUACAGUUCAGUUGUGUUUAUAAGUACAUUUGCAUAUCAUCAUUACAAAUGUUUAUUUUCAAACACUUAUUUAGGUAUAAUUUGCAACAACAUUAAUGUAAAUUUAAUCGUUAUUCAAGUAGUUUUUAUUAAGCAAUAUUUAAGUGCAGUGUUUACAUAAUGUUACAGUGGUUUACGAUAGGAAUAAAUGGAAUAAAUGUUUUUGUACUGAUCUGAGAUUGAAAUUGGUCCUGUUGUGUCCAAUGUUAAAAUUAUUUUUGUGUGCACAAAAUAAAUAACCCAUAAACCAA